GAAGGCAGCCUUGUCGUCAUUGAGCAAAGCUAAUAUUCUACAGCAUAUGGCGGAGACUGCUCCAGUGAAUUAAAAAAUAUAGAGAUCCUGACUAGGAAAAGUUGUCCCCUGAAACGACGGACUUGAAUUUUGGACAUCAGAGGAAUGAAGCUGUGGUGAUCUCUCAUUACGGGAUCAGAGCUACGAGGAUAGUUCCCCUGAAGAAUCAACCAACAUGAAUUCACUAGACAAUGAGAUCAACAGCAUGUGUGCAAUAUGCGGAGACAGAGCUACUGGCAAGCACUAUGGUGCGUCAAGUUGUGAUGGCUGCAAAGGAUUCUUCAGACGAAGCAUUAGGAAAUGCCAUGUUUAUUCUUGCAGGUUUAGUCGGCAGUGCAUAGUCGACAAAGACAAAAGAAACCAGUGCAGAUAUUGUCGUCUAAAAAAAUGUUUCAGAGCUGGAAUGAAGAAAGAAGCAGUUCAAAAUGAGAGAGACAGGAUAAGCACACGAAAAAGCGCGUUUGAAGGAAGCAUCAUUCCCUCCAUUAACACACUGUCACAAGCAGAGGUUCUCUCUCGGCAGAUCACUGCCUCAAGUCCAGAUGCAAAUACAGAAAUAAAUACUAAGAAAAUUGCCAGUAUUAGUGAUAUCUGUGAGUCCAUGAAGGAGCAACUGCUGGUCUUAGUUGAGUGGGCAAAAUAUAUCCCUGCCUUUUGUGAACUGCCUUUGGAUGAUCAGGUUGCCUUGUUGAGAGCACAUGCAGGAGAACAGCUCUUAUUGGGGGUUACCAAACGAUCUAUGGUGUUCAAAGAUAUUUUACUUUUAGGCAACAACUAUGUAAUCCACCGGAAUUGCUCAGAAAUGGAAAUAAGUCGAGUUGCCAGCAGAAUUCUAGAUGAACUUGUCCUGCCAUUUCAAGAAAUCCAGAUAGAUGACAAUGAGUAUGCAUGCUUAAAAGCAAUUGUCUUUUUUGAUCCAGAUGCCAAGGGACUAAGUGAUCCUAUAAAGAUUAAGACUAUGCGUUACCAAGUUCAAAUCAGUUUGGAAGAUUACAUUAAUGACAGACAAUAUGAUUCAAGAGGCCGAUUCGGAGAACUUCUUCUACUUUUACCCACACUACAGAGUAUUACUUGGCAGAUGAUUGAACAGGUUCAGUUUGUUAAAUUGUUUGGAAUGGUAAAGAUUGACAAUCUUCUCCAGGAAAUGUUAUUAGGAGGAUCAGCUAAUGAAACAAGUCACAUUCAUCAUCAAGGACACCCUCAUUUCUCUCAAGACCCUUUGCUAGGACAGACUCUGCUGAUAAGUUCCAUGGCUUCUUCUCUCCACUCUGAAGAGAUUGCAACACCAGAGACUCCCUUACCUUCCCCACCCCAAGGAUCAGCACAUGAACAUUAUAAAAUAUCCACAAACCAUGCAACAGUUAUCACACAUCAAUCCAUCCUAAAGCAGAAACCGUUAUGAAAUAAAUAUGUAUAUAUACAUAUAUAUAUAGGACCACUGGACAUAAAUGAGGAUAUUCUCCAACAGUAACACCAAGAAUUGUAAUUGCAUAUUAAAAGGAAUGCCUCCAAAUAUGUGUAUAUUUUAGGAUUAAUUGCUUUAGUUGUGAAUACUUUUACAGUUCCAGAAAUGUGUUUUUUUUGUCCAUGAGCUUAUUUUAUUCACUAUAAUUAAUAUUCUGUACUGUAUAUUUCUCUGACAUUUUUCUAUGUAAUAAUUUUUUUAACCUUAGAUGUAAUAAACAUGUAUAAUGUUAAUUUAUACCAUCCAUAUGAAGUCUGCAAUUAAGUUGACCUGUAAUUAAUUUAUGUGAAUAAAACCCCCUAGUGCAUUAAAUCAUCUUUUUUCCAACACUAUGUUCCUUCUUUGUUUGUCUUGUAAACACAUAUUUACAUUUUUUAAUUUGAGAAAUACACAUGGUCUGUACUGUUAUGUUAUUUAUAUUUGAAGUAACAUUAUAUACUCUAGAUAAACUCUGAAGUAUGGUACUCCUCAUGUUUUUUGACUCAAGCUAAUGACUGAAACUCAAACAAAAGAAGCAAUUUCCCCCAACCUCCCAAAUAAAACAUUUGUUCUUCAA